GCGCAGGCGCCGCCCCCGGGGCUGUGGCGGGGCAGUUGCCGGGCGAGCGGCGGCUGGGCUCGGCUGGGCAGGGCAGGGCUCGGCUCGGCUCCGCUCCGCUCCGCUGCCCUGACGGCGGAGCCGGGCGUGGGGCUGAGGCGGGACAGCGGCGGGCGCUGUCCCCCUCCUCCCUCCUCCUUCCCUUCUCCUUGCCCGCCACAGGUGGCCGCUCGCCGCCUGCCUCAGCGGCUCCCCCUGCCCGCAGCAGCAGCAGCAGGAGGAGGAGGAAGGAGAGGAGGAGGAGGAGGAGCAGCACCGAGCCCAGCCGUGCCCUGCAGAGGGCGGAGCGGGCUCCCGGCUCCGUGCCCCCGGCGGGCGGCGCUGCUGCGACGCCGUGCGAGGGAGGCGCCGCCGCCGCCGCCGCGGGGCCGGGCGCCGGGCUGCGGGCUCGGGGGUGUGAGCGGCCGGGCAGGGCGCCCCCAGGAUGCUGCGGUUCCUGCGCAGGACCUUUGGCCGCCGCUCCAUGCAGCGCUACGGGCGAGGGGCCGGCCGCGGGGGGCUCGAGGGGGACGAGCGGGACGGGGGGCUGCGAGGAGCCGCCGCCGCCGCUGCUGCUGCCGGUGUCUCCGCUCCGGGCUCCGGAGGUUUUCCCUCAUCGCCGCACCCCGCGGGGGGCUCGCACGGAGCCGGAGCCCCCGUGCACAUCCCCGCCGCCGGUGGCUGCAAGCCGGUGCUGCAGUGCCGCGUCCUGCUGCUGGACGGCACCGAGGUCAGCGUGGAGCUGCCGAAACAUGCGAAGGGACAGGAGCUAUUUGACCAGAUUGUAUAUCAUUUGGACCUUGUGGAAACUGAUUACUUUGGCCUACAGUUCAUGGAUGCCUCCCAGAUUACACAUUGGUUGGACCAUUCUAAAUUCAUUAAGAAGCAAAUAAAAAUUGGACCUCCGUACACGUUGCAUUUUCGAAUUAAGUACUAUUCAUCAGAACCGAACAACCUUCAUGAGGAGUUUACAAGGUACCUGUUUGUAUUACAGCUCCGACAAGACAUUCUUUCAGGGAAACUGAAAUGCCCGUAUGAAACUGCUGUUGAACUAGCAGCUCUGUGUCUUCAAGCUGAGCUGGGAGAGUGUGAACACCCAGAGCACACACCAGAACUAGUGUCUGAAUUCAGGUUUGCACCAAACCAGACUGAAGCAAUGGAAUUUGACAUUUUCCAGAAAUGGAAAGAGUGCAGGGGAAAGAGCCCAGCGCAGGCUGAAUUGUGCUACUUGAAUAAAGCAAAAUGGCUAGAAAUGUAUGGUGUAGAUAUGCAUGUAGUUAAGGGAAGAGAUGGUUGUGAAUAUGCUCUUGGACUGACGCCAACAGGCAUAUUGAUCUUUGAAGGAGCAAAUAAAAUAGGCCUGUUCUUUUGGCCUAAAAUCACAAAAAUGGACUUUAAAAAGAGCAAACUAACACUUGUGGUUGUAGAAGAUGAUGAACAGGGCAGAGAGCAAGAGCACACAUUUGUUUUCCGGUUAGACAGUGCCAAAACGUGCAAACAUUUGUGGAAGUGUGCAGUGGAGCACCAUGCUUUCUUCAGACUACGAGCCCCAGCAAAUAGUAAAUCUAGUAGAUCUGACUUCAUAAGGCUGGGAUCACGCUUCAGAUUCAGUGGGCGGACAGAGUAUCAAGCCACACAUGGGACAAGGUUACGCAGAACUAGCACGUUUGAAAGACGGCCCAGCAAGCGAUACCCUUCUCGAAGGCAUUCGACGUUUAAAGCAAACAAUCCUGUGAAAGCAGCACAACUGUGUGCUAAAAAUACUCCUGAAGUUCAUAAUUACCAGCCACAGUAUCAUCCUAAUAUACAUCCUGCUCAGCCACACUGGCAUCCACACACCCCUGUGAAUGUAAGGCCACCCUAUCAUGAUGACAGGCCAUAUUGGAAACCCCCCACAAGUGGAGAGGACAGCAGUUUACGAUAUAUCCAAGAACAGAACCAGAAGAAUUUAGGAGAAGUCCAAAGUAUGGUGUACCAAGAUAAACUCAUGACGACUCUCUGAAAAAGUCACCUUCAUUUCAUCUGCCAUCUUAGACGAUCAUUGCAUUCCAUGGUCCUUGUCUGUCUGCAGUACGUUCAAAGUGUAUUGUGCAUAAAGUGUGUGUCUUUAUAUGUACAUCCAUCCUUGUUUGGUGUUUGUGGACAGUCUUGGGAAAAGUAUUUUUCAUAUAUUUGUUAAAAAAAAAAAAUCUUGAAAAAACCUUUUGUGAAAGUUGGUAAGAGUUUUCAGUGUCCCCGGAUCAGAAAUAUUUCUGGGGAUAUCCACUCUUCCAGGCUUUGUGAAUCUGUGAUCCUCUGCCUGCUGUUGAAGGUCAGCCAUUCAUCGUGCCUUAAUUAUUUUUGUUAUCUUGUUUCUUUUGAGUCAAAUUCAUAAAUGAAGUUUGAAAAACAUUUUUAUACUUGAUGUGCAAAUAAGAGGUUGGAGGGUAAAAAAAGAAAAACAACAGAAUUCACAUUUCCAAAUGGCUUAAGGACCACCAACAAAGGGAGCCUACUGAGGUAGUCAUAGGUUUGGGUGUCUUUUGUUUUUAAUUUUUGCGUUCUGCAGCAGAAUUAGAGGUGCUUGCCUAACUUCGAAAACAACCAUAGGGAAAGAACCCUAUAAUAAACUUUUUGGAAUACGUGUGUCACUUUUUGACGUAGUGAUUAUGUUAAUAGCUUCCCCCAAAACCAUACCUGCUGCUAUAAAUGCAAGAAUGUUAAAACGGAUCCUUGCUAAAAGGGUGCUGCUGUCUUGUUAUUUUUAAUGUGAUUAUGGAAGUCAUCUAUACCAUUGCAUAAAACUACUUACCGAUAACUUUUCUCUGAGUGGACUCAAAAACACAGCUCAUAAUUCAUAUACUACAAGACAAGGACGAUCCAGUCCUUGAAUAGCUCUAUUUUUUUAAGUUAGACAUUUGGAAAGUUGAAUAUAUAUUUUACAGACCUAGCUUUUUAAAUAGGUUGGCUGGUUGUUAUGUUGAUCAGUGGCGAUUUCUUUUUUUUAAACUGGGAAUCAUAGUGCCAUCUUCAUUAAUGUGUUUGUUUUAAUUUGGCCUUACAUCUGUGGUCUCUCUGAAGUUGUUGGAACAAAUAAAUCUUUAUUUGGGAUAUUUUAAAAUGAAGUAGUUUUUAAACUUGAUUUUGAUAAAUAUAAAUUUAUAAACAGCUAUAACCAUGAAUUUUUUUCAGAGCAAAUUUGAUAGUGUAUACUUUUUUUGUAAAGUACAUUUGUUUACAAAUGCUAUCUUUUAAUAUUUGUUUUGAUCUUUACUGUAUGUGCUAAGUACAAAUAAAAAUUCUCAAUCUUC